GGGAGGACCAGCCAUUUUACUUAUGGAAAACAGGGUGGCAUAUUCUGCCGAGCUUUACCCUGGAAGGAGCAUUUUUUAAAAAAAUCUAUUUGAGGGAAGAGAGAAGCGGUGGGCAUGUUAGUAUACAAUUAGCACAGCCAGGCAUGCCUGCCAGCUGCCGUUUGGACAAGCUGCUGACUGCUUUUCCUAGUAGCUGAUCUGAGAACGUGGAAUGCAAGGAGAUAACGCUGCCUAUCUGCUAUCACACAGCAGGAAAGGUUUUUGUCUUGGGAAGGCUCGCCUGGCCUGCAGUGUUAUCUCGGCAGCUCUCUGGCUGCUUACCCUGAAAACUACUGACCCCGCAGGAGGUGUUUCCGGCUGCAAACACCGGUCCGCUGCGUGGCUGUUGCGUAUGAGUGGCAGGUCUGAAGAAGCAGGUGCGUGCUCCGAUGGGCACUGGACUGUAACGCGGGCGGACGCGCUCGGGUUUACCUGCUUCCUGUUAACAGAUUGUUGGCUCAGAGAGCAUCUGCCUGCACACUGAGGCCGAGGCUGAGGAGGGUCCCCGUGUAGCCACUUGACUGACAGAGACACUUGGAUUGGACUUAAUCUUAAACCUCUGGAGUUCAAGACCUUUUAAAAAGGGCUAAAUAAACAACCUCCACAUGUAAAAGGCCACUGACUCCUACUUCCUCUCUUCAGAGCAACUGUUGGAACCUGGCUGCCUGUAGGAAAACUGAAGACUUAAAUAACAAACCCUCCAAGGUCAAAAUGAACACAGAUAUCGGUGGGUGUGCUCGCAAACGUGCCGCCAUGUCUGUUACAUUAACAUCUGUGAAGAGAGUUCAGAGUUCUCCAAACCUGUUGGCUGCAGGGCGUGAUUCUCAGUCACCAGACUCAGCUUGGAGAUGUUACAAUGAUCGAAAUCAAGAGACACUGAAUGGAGAUGCUACAUGUUCCUCUCUUGCAGCAAAAGGUUUUAGAAGCGUUCGACCAAAUCUACAAGAAAAAAAAUCACCAGCUCAGGCACCCCUUCCACCACCCAGAAAAGAGAGCUUUUGUAGCUCCUUGAUAACCAAUCAUACAAAGGGUGACAUUUUAGACCAAUCAGUAACUAACACACAAAUUCCAUCUCGUACAGAGUUCUUUACUAACAAAACACCUCUCCAGGGAACUAUGUAUUCUAAUGAUGAUUCUAGCCAGACAAUUGUAUAUUCUGAAGAAUCUAACACAACCGUGUCAUAUACACAAAAAAUCACUAAUCCACUACCACCACCUUCCAGCACAGGUCCCCCACCAAAAGCUGAUAUGAGUACCCCAUUUCUCCAAGAGGACUACACCCAAGAUUCUCAAACUCGGAGAAUUUCCACAUUGAAACUAAUCCAUAACCAGGAUCCAGGGAGCAGCAUCACCUUUAGUCCUCCGCAGUUUCCCAAAUCUGUUGAAGUACCAUCCUUGCUCAAAAGGCCUUGCUCACCACCCGCUAACCCAGUGCCUGAGAAACACACAGCAUCUCUUUCCAUCCAGAUAGCACCCCUUUCGGGACACAAUCCUGAAAGCCACAAACAGCCACCUGAGCUUUCUCCAGAGACUGCAAAGAUACCUCUUCAGCCAGAGAGACAAAGACCUGCAGUUGCUGCGGCCUCUCAGUCCUCAGACUGCCAAGUGCUUGGAAACCAGAACUUAACUGCCAAUGUGUUGGAGAGCCAGAUAACAGUGAACGGAAACUCUGGAGGCACUGUGAGUCCAAUGAGUUACUAUCAAAGGCCGUUUUCCCCUUCUGCUUACUCGCUACCAGGCUCACUCAAUUCAAGCUUGAUCAUGCAGCAUGGCCGGUCACUUGAUUCCUCAGAGGCAUACCCCCAGCAUGCCCAGUCUCUGGAUGGCAGCAUGGGCAGCUCGAUACCACUGUACAGGUCCUCUGAGGAGGAGAAGAGAGUGACAGUCAUCAAGGCGCCCCACUACCCAGGGAUCGGGCCGGUGGAUGAAUCCGGAAUCCCCACGGCAAUCAGAACGACAGUUGACAGACCGAAGGACUGGUACAAGACCAUGUUUAAGCAAAUCCACAUGGUACACAAGCCGGAUGAUGACACAGACAUGUAUAAUACUCCUUAUACAUAUAAUGCAGGCCUAUACAACUCGCCCUACAGUACUCAGUCACAUCCUGCUGCCAAGACCCAGACCUACAGACCGCUCUCCAAGAGCCACUCGGACAACGGCACCAAUGCGUUUAAGGAUGCUUCGUCCCCCGUCCCUCCCCCGCCUGUUCCUCCUCCGGUUCCACCAUUUCGAGCAAGAGAUCGGUCUUCAACAGAAAAGCAUGACUGGGAUCCUCCAGACAGAAAAGUAGACACAAGGAAAUUUCGUUCUGAGCCGAGGAGUAUUUUUGAAUAUGAACCUGGGAAGUCCUCCAUUCUGCAGCAUGAGAGACCACCCCCUCUCCCAACCACUCCGACACCUGUUCCAAGGGACCCUGGCCGGAAGCCUAUUUCUAUGUCACCCUGCGGAGAAGUAACUGGUAGCCCCUCCCCUCCGCCCAGGACCAGUAUCCCCGCACCAAGCCCGUGCGCCCCGGCUCUCUCCCCGAUCCGGACUGAUCGCAUAAAUCCAGAUGACAUAGAUUUAGAAAAUGAGCCCUGGUAUAAAUUCUUUUCAGAACUGGAGUUUGGACGCCCGCCUCCCAAAAAGGCUCUGGACUAUGUUCAAGAUCACUCUCCUGGUGUUUCCAAUGAGGCCUCAUUGUAUCAAUCCUCUAUAGACAGAAGCCUGGAAAGACCCACUAGUUCUGCAAGCAUGGCCAGCGACUUCAGGAAAAGGCGGAGGAGCGAGCCCGCGGUAGGGCAGCCCAGGGGCCUGGGGGACCCAAGUGCAAGGAGCACUAGCCCAGGCCGAGCAGACCUCCCGGGAUCAAGCACCACCCUGACAAAGUCCUUCAUUAGUUCUUCUCCUUCUUCUCCGUCAAGAGCAAAAGGUGGGGACGAUAGCCAAACGUGUCCAUCCCUUUGCAGUUUCUCAGGGCUCAACGGCCACCCCUCCCACGAGUUAGAUUACUGUAACACUUACAGACAGCAUCUAGAUGUCCCACAAGACUCGCAGAGGGCCAUUACUUUCAAAAACGGCUGGCAGAUGGCCCGGCAAAAUGCAGAGGUCUGGAGCAGCACUGAAGAAACCGUCUCCCCCAAAAUCAAAUCCCGUAGUUGCGACGACCUUUUAAAUGAUGACUGCGACAGCUUGCCUGACCCGAAAACCAAGUCGGAAAGUAUGGGUUCUCUGUUAUGCGAGGAGGACCCCAAGGAGAGCUGCCCCGUGACGUGGGCUUCCCCCUACAUCCAGGAGGGCCGCAGUAACGGCAGAUCAAGGCUCCGACACAGGUCUGCCCACGACGCCCCGGGCUUCCUAAAGAUGUACAAGAAAAUGCACCGCAUCAACCGCAAGGAUCUGAUGAACUCCGAAGUCAUCUGCUCCGUCAAGUCGAGAAUAAUGCAGUAUGAGAAGGAACAGCAACACAAAGGGCUGCUCCACGGAUGGAGCCAGUCCUCCACGGAGGAGGUGCCCAGGGACAUGGUCCCCACCCGCAUUUCUGAAUUUGAAAAGCUGAUUCAGAAGUCAAAGUCCAUGCCGAAUUUGGGAGAUGAAAUGUUAUCUCCUGUAACCCUAGAGCCGCAACAGAAUGGUUUAUGUCCCCAAAGGCGGUUUUCCAUUGAGUCUUUGCUGGAGGAAGAGAAUCAAGGUAGACACCCUUCUCAGGUACCGCGAAGCUACAAGUCUAAAGCCCUGGUGCCCAUCCACAUUGAAGUCACCAGUGACGAUCAACCGAGAACCCACGUGGAGUUUUCUGAUAGUGACCAGGACGGAGUUGUGUCUGACCACAGUGAUUACAUUCACGUUGAAGGAUCGUCCUUUUGCAGCGAGAGUGAUUUUGAUCACUUCUCUUUCACAUCCUCUGAGAGUUUCUAUGGAUCCAGCCACCAUCAUCACCACCAUCACCACCACCAUCACCGGCACCUCAUCAGCUCCUGCAAAGGCAGAUGCCCUGCCUCCUACACUCGAUUUACCACGAUGUUAAAACACGAAAGAGCCAAACACGAAAACAUUGAUGAGCCCAGAAGACAAGAAAUGGACCCUGGCCUUUCUAAAUUGGCAUUUCUAGUCAGUCCCGUGCCUUUCCGGAGGAAAAAAAAUUCGACUCCCAAAAAACAGAUGGAAAAGGCAAAAUGUAAGACGUCUGUGUUUGAGGCUCUGGACUCUGCCCUUAAAGACAUUUGUGACCAAAUUAAGGCUGAAAAGAGAAGGGGAAGUUUGCCAGACAACAGUAUAUUGCACCGUCUUAUCAGUGAACUGCUGCCAGAUAUUCCUGAAAGGAAUUCAUCGCUCAGAGCCCUAAAAAGGAGCCCCAUGCACCAGCCUUUUCACCCACUGCCUCAAGAAGGUGCUAUUCAUUGUCCGUCGUACCAGAACGAUUGUGGGAGAAUGCCUCACAGUGCCUCCUUCCAAGACGACACCAACAACAACUACCACCACCAAGACCACACCAGUGCACUGCACCUCCAAGACCAUGAGUCCCCUAGGAAUUACUCGGCCACACUGACUGAUCUUGGAAGGACCGCACCCAGGGAAAGAAGAGGAACUCCAGAAAAAGAGAAACUGCCUGCAAAAGCUGUUUACGAUUUUAAGGCUCAGACAUCCAAGGAGCUGUCAUUUAAGAAAGGAGAUACUGUCUACAUCCUCAGGAAAAUUGACCAAAACUGGUAUGAGGGAGAGCAUCACGGGAGAGUGGGCAUUUUCCCAAUCUCAUAUGUAGAGAAACUCACACCUCCUGAAAAAGCACAGCCUGCAAGACCACCUCCCCCAGCCCAGCCUGGUGAAAUCGGAGAAGCUAUCGCCAAAUAUAAUUUCAGUGCUGACACCAAUGUGGAGCUAUCGCUGAGAAAGGGAGAUAGAAUUAUUCUUCUUAAAAGAGUUGAUCAAAACUGGUAUGAAGGUAAAAUUCCAGGAACCAACAGACAAGGCAUCUUCCCUGUUUCCUAUGUAGAAGUUGUCAAGAAGAAUACAACCAAAGGUGCUGAGGACUAUCCUGAACUUCCAAUACCCCACAGCUAUUCCAGUGAUAGGAUCCACAGCUUAAGUUCAAAUAAGCUGGCUUCCAGUGAACCACGCCCCCCUCUCUUGCACAAAGCUUCACGUGACCCAGAUAGCGACGCUCUCCAGGGAACCACCCUGGGGUGGCUGUCCCUGCCAGCCAAGGGUGCACUGGUAAAUCCUUCAGCCCCAACACCGCCUCAUUUUCUGGACAAGUUCUUGGAUGAAUUAGAGAAGCUUGGUGCUUUAGCUUUACCAGCUGACCCAGCCAAACCAGAUACCCCAGAGGAGAUCAGCCUUGAGAUUAAGGAGGACCCCUCCACUCUCCCCCCAUGGCCGCGAGCACCCACACCUGCCAAAGCCCGCUCCUCUCAGCUGCCUUUGCUCCACUCGGCUAUGACCUCAGCUGCAGCGCGGCCUCAGGAGGCCACGAUGCUCCCGGAUUCUAGAAAGACACCUCCGAACAAGUCUGCAAAUGUGACCAAAAUGAGAGAGGGCUCCGCAGGCCCAGAGAAGGUACUGGUGGUCCUAGGUGAUAAGUUUGUGACCUCCGCACACCCUGGCCUGGGUCCCUUGCCCCAAACCCUCCCUGUCAUUGGAGAGGAAGAUGAGGAAGUCUAUGAGGGGGUCAGGGCAGGCAACCGAAGAGGGCUGGAAUCUCAAGAUCCAGAUGCCUUGUGCUGUGGCCGUGAUGGCACAGAGGUGAUGUCACACCUGCACAUUGAAGAGGAGGAUGAGGAGAGAAAAGAUGACUGCCCAAGAUAUCCGAUAGCCACCCUCACAGGCCCUAGGGCCCCUAAGGAAGACAGCAAUGCAGCGAAAACCAGAGAUGAGCCAUCUUCAUUCUCUUCGGGACAUCGAACGUCUACAUCUUUUCCCAGCUGUCUGCUUUCCUCCCCUCCCUUUCAUUCCUCCUUCGCCACUGUCUCUGACCUGGUCCCCACAUUCUCUCAGCCUACCCAGCCCUACUCAUCUCCGCUCCUCCCUAAAUACUCUUACCAACAGGAGAUAAGUUCACCACAAUUAAAGCCACAGCGUCCUGUGUUUACUCAUGAAAACAUUCAAGGUGGGGGGGAACCGUUUCAGGCUCUGUAUAACUAUACUCCUAGGAAUGAAGAUGAGCUGGAGCUCAGAGAAAGUGAUGUCAUUGAUGUGAUGGAAAAAUGUGAUGAUGGAUGGUUUGUGGGAACCUCUAGAAGAACCAAAUUCUUUGGUACUUUUCCCGGAAACUAUGUCAAGAGGCUGUGAAUCACUCUCCUGGUUAUUUAUGCCGCAUUUCAGCAGCACAUCUGCAUAACCUUGCCUGAGAGAUCCCGCAGGCCUCCUGCUGUCAUGCCUUCCAUUUCCAACAGAAGUCACCCACCGUCACCAUCUCCACCUGCCACCAAACCACCAGCAACUGAACUGCCACGCCUUGGGGAGAUGGGCGGAUUAGCCUCCGUGUGAACGUGCAUAUUCCUGCUUUCUGCUCUAAACUCGGAAAAGUGGAUCUGUGGCAUCAGAAAGAAAACCCUAUGCUUAAUAAGAGUUGAGCAGUUGAGGCAAAAAAAUAAGUGUCUCAAGGAGGCUCCCUGGUCCACUUUGAAAGCUGUUCUCCCUUCAGGCAACCAGAAGAUUGUUUCUUGCUACUUGCUGUGGUUCGCAUUUUCACCUUCUUAGCUUGGCAGUAUAUUUUCCUUUCACAAGUUUGCCUAGUGUCCUGGUUUACACAAUAUGACAACUGUACUCCAACUAUUGUUUGCCUGCACUUAUCUGUUGUAAUAUGCACAGUGAUUACAAAAUCUAAAGUAAGAGUAGGAAAGUUAAUUCGAAUGAGUGUGAUUUUGUUGAAUUGAAUGUGAGUUUCCAGUAGGAGUCUUUUCCUGCAGGUUUUUUUUUUUUGUACUUUUUAGAAGUGCAAACAAUAAGUGAAUAAGAGCCUUUGGUAAUAAUCAUGAGAAUAUAAGAGGUUUAGCUAGACUACAAAAAAAAUAACUAUUGUGUUGUAAAGUUGCAUUGCUAUUUUAUAUUAAAAUGUAAUAAUCAGCAUAAUGAACAAUGAGCUCUUAGUGUUUUAUUUAUCUGAUAAAAGUUAAAUAAAAGCAGUGUUAGUGACAGGGGCAAUGAAUUAUUCUAACAUAGACACUUGAAAGUAUGUGUAAGCAAUAUUCAUAGGUAAGAUUUCACUGUGUGUACACAUACACAUCUGAGAUUGUAUGAGAACAGACAAUCCAUAUGCUAUGUUGUACGUUUUAUGGAAAUGUAGAAGAAUCUCACACAUUAUUUUAUAGAAAUAGAGUACUUUGGAAGCAUCACAAGUAUUAAGGCUGGUUUUAGUAAGGAUUAUGAUCAAUACAAUUAUUUUUACUAUGACAAUUAUUUUUCUUCUCUGGAACUCAGAAUCCUGGCUACAUUUGAGGACAGGAAUAUGUUGAGCCUGAUUUUCCUGGUGUGUGUAAACUAUUUCCUCGGAAUACAUUAGGCACUUUUUAGAGACAAUGUUAAAUCAUUCAGGUUAUAUUUUCUGCCCUGAAAUAGAAGCCUACGAGAUGAUAUUGGGACCUGAAAGAUUUAAUGUGGUUAACAGUGCCUGAAUUACGCAUACCCCGAGAACUAGCUUUGUAUUUCUUAUGACUUUGCAUAAGAACUAUUCAUAUUUGGAUCUUUAGCACCUUAUAGAUAAAACUUUUUACAGCAUUUCUUCUGUGGACAGUGAUUGAUCUUUUCACAAUGUACGUAGACUCUAGAAUUUUGUACAUACAUUUGUUCUUUUUUUUGUACAGACUAUUUAGUUGUUGAGAAGACAGGGGAAUUUCCUAAUUUGGUCUUUAUCCUUCAUUUAAACUAAACUAAAACACCUUCAACAGAGCAUCCUUUACAUCUCCCACAAAUCAUUAUUAUGACUCGACAGUGCGAUUCUGUAAGAUAGCACUUAUGCAAAAGUUUAUGAAUAUAAGAUUUUAGCAGCCAAACUAAAAUGUAUAUAAAUACUGAUUAUAGAGGAAUUUCACUAGGAAGAAGGUAAAGAAACAUCUUUGAGUAGCCUACCUUGAUUAUUGUCAAGUUCACAGCCAGCUUUAUAUUUUAAAGGCUUUGGGUUUGAAAUUAGGUCAACUGCAUGCGGCUUUGCUGAUAAAUGAAUAAUUACCUUUGAUGCCAUUUAUGAGAGAAGACUUCAAUAUCUGUUGCCUGUCAUACUUAAGAAAAAUUAAUGUUUCUACUCUCUGUAUCUGAUUUUAAAAGGAAAAAUAUUCAUACCAAGCUUUUAGGUAAUUGACUUCAAAUUCUUACAAGCAAAGGUCAUUGUGUUUUUCUUGAAUAGACAUCUAAUAAAUUUUGCUUGGACAUAUA